AUGCUCUCGUGUGCGGCUCCCAUAAGACAGCGAAAACACCAUGGCCUUGUAGCCUUCAAGCUCCUAUGGUGCUCGUGCCUCCUGGCCCUCACGUGCAUCUCACAGUGGGUGUGGGCGCCCCUUUAAAAGAUAGGGGUAGUGGGCCCUUGGACUUGCGACCCGUUGUUCUCAAAGGCUCUGCCUGAGGUUGCUGCUGGCUUAGUCAUUGAGUGCAUCAACAGGGACUCAUCGUUUGACGCGGGUUGCUCUUUUGAAUAUGUGAUUCUCAAUGAAGACGGCCAGACCGCCAGGGCCCUUUGCAGUUUCAUUGUUUACCACCAGAUGGCCUCGGUAUUUAUUGGCCCUGUCAACCCCGGCAACUGCGAGGCCGCCUCGCUCCUGGGAAACAGUUGGAACAAAGGGCUUUUCUCUUGGGCUUGUGUGAAUUACGAAUUAGACAAUAAAAUCAGCCACCCGACCUUUUCUCGGACACUCCCUUCUCCGGUCCGGGUGGUAACUGUCAUGAGGUACUUCUAGUGGGCUCACUCCGGAGUCAUCUUAGAUGAAGACAUUUGGGUGCACACCGCCAAUCGAGUACCAAGCGCUCUGCAGAGCCGUGGCCUACCGGUAGGGGUCGUCCUGAGCUCAGGACAAGACAGCCACAGCAUUCGGACAGCGCUCCUGCGGAUUCGUCAAGCGGACAGAAUUCUCAUAAUCAUCAUGUAUGUGCAUUCGGCCUUGAUUGGGGGAGAGACUCAGAUGCAUCUCUUGGAAUGGGCUCAUGAUGUGAAAAUGACUGAUGGAAACUACGUCUUUGUUCCCUAUGAUGCUCUGCUCUACAGUUUACUUUAUAAGCAUACCCCCUACCAGGUCCUGAGGAAAAACCCGAAACUCCGGGAAGCCUAUGAUGCUGUGUUGACCAUUACAGUGGAGUCCCAAGAAAAAACCUUCUAUCAAGCCUAUACUGAAGCAGCAGCUAUACAUGAAAUUCCUGAGAAAUUGGAAUUUGAUUAUAUUUCACCAUUGUUUGAAACCAUCUAUAAUUCAAUUUACUUUAUCACACAAGCCAUGAAUAAUGCCAGCCUGGUUCAGCAUUCCAGAAACACGCAGUUCUAUGGAUUCAGCCAGUUGAUAAGGACAGAUUCAAAUGGAAAUGGAAUUGCAGCAUAUGUAAUCCUGGACACCGACUGGAAAGAAUGGGAACUCUAUAGUACUUACACUGUGGAAAUGGAAAUGGAGCUGCUGCGGUUUGGAGGGACCCCCCCCAUCCCCCCCGGCAUUUGCUUCCCUGGUGGAAGGCCCCCUCAAGCAGAUGCACAAUGCUGGUUUGCAGAAGGGAAGAUAUGUAGAGUUUGUGUGAUGGUCUGACUUGCUUUGCUUAUAGCCCCUAUUAAUGGAUUUGCUUACUCUAUAUGGUGUCAUAUAAAUAAAAUCCAGUUGAUUAAAGGACCCAAUAGAAUUCUACUGACUUUGAAGGAUGUGACGUUUAUCAAUCCCCACUUUGGCAGUAAGAGAGGAAGUUUUACCAGUGUAAGCUUCCAGAUCACCUCAGAAGUCCAAAGUGGAAGGUUUCCAAGGUUCCCCUUUUCCUCAGGGAGUCUAACUCCAGCUACCUAUGAAAACUCCAACAUAUCCAUUUAUGAGGGUGAUUGGGUGUGGCUGAAAAAGUUCCCCUUUGGAGGUUUUGGAGACCUUAAGUCCAUCAAAUCCAGUGCAAGUGAUAUGUUUGAAAUGAUGAAGGACCUGCAUCAUGAAAAUAUUAACCCUUUAUUGGGCUUCUCCUAUGAUUCAGGGAUAUUUGCCAUUGUGACAGAAUUCUGUUCCAGAAGGAACCUAGAAGACAUAUUGACAAAUUAGGAUGUGAAACUUGACUGGAUAUUUAAAUCAUCACUUCUGCUAGAUCUUUUCAAGGGCAUGCAGUACUUACACCAGGAGAGUGCUCAUGGGAGGUUGAAAUCUCGGAACUGUGUGGUCGAUGGGUGUUUUGUACUACAAGUGACAGAUUAUGGCUUUAAUGACAUCUUGGAAACUCUAGUCUCCCAAGAGGAACCUUCUGCGGAAGUUGCUAUGGACAGCCCUGAACUGUUGAGAACCCCAAAGGGCAGCAUGUUAGGUUCUUUUGCAGGAGAUGUCUAUAGCUUUGCCAUCAUCAUGCAAGAAGUGCUGGUUCGGAGCACCCCAUUCUGCAUGAUGGAUCUGCCUGUCAAAGAAAUCAUAGACAGAGUUAAGAAGCCUCCUCCUGUGUACAGACCCAUGGUUCCUCCUGAGUGUUCCCCUCCAGAAUGUCUCCAGCUGAUGAAGCAGCGCUGGGCUGAAGCUUCAGAACAGCGCCCCCAGUGACCAACUUUUGAUGAAAUAUUUAAUCAGUUUAAAACUUUGAAUAAAGGGAAGAAGACCAAUAUCAUUGACUCCAUGCUUCGGAUUUUGGAGCAAUAUUCUAGCAACUUGUAAAAUUUGAUCCGGGAACAGACUGAAGAGCUGGAAAUUGAAAAACAGAAAACGGAUCUUCUAACACAGAUGCUACCACUCUGUCUCUGCUUUUGAUCACUUGCCAAAUCCCUCAAAAAGGACUACAUGGUUGAACCUGAGGGCUUUGACUUGAUCACCUUGUACUUCAGUGACAUUGUGGGCUUCGCCACCAUCUCAGCCAUGAGUGAGCCUAUUGAGGUGGUAGAUCUUAAUGACCUGUACACAGUCUUUGAUGCUGUCAUAGGCAGUCAUGAUGUCUACAAGGUAAUAUUGACCAUUGGAGAUGCUUACAUGGUGGCCUCAGGCCUCCCAAAGAGGAAUGGCAGUCGGCAUGCAGCUGAGAUUGCAAACGUGUCUCUAGAUAUCCUGAGCUCCGUGGGGACCUUUAAGAUGAGACACAUGCCAAAGGUGCCAGUCCGGAUUCCAAUAGGCCUGCAUUCAGGGCCAGUUGUUGCUGAAGUGGUGGGGCUCACCAUGCCCAGAUACUGCCUGUUUGGAGACACUUUGAACACAGCUUCUCUUAUGGAAUCAACAAGGUUACCUUACUGCAUUCAUGUCAGUCACACAAUUCUUCAAGCUCUGAGUAGUGAGGGCUAUGAAGUAGAGCUUCGAGGAAGGUCAGCGGUCAGGGGCAAAGGCACAGAAGAAACCUUCUGGCUGGUUGAAAAAGGCUUUACAAAGCUCCUUCUUGUGCCCUCACCAAUGCGCAAAGAUGGAUAAGUACACACUUAAUUAGAGCAAGUGGGCCAUGGCUUACAACCAACAGAGAUUUCAGCCUUCCAAAGAAGAAAAGCAGAAAGGCAACUGGUGAGAAACAAGCCAUAA